AUGAGAUUCAGAAUAAAGUUUGAAAAGCUCACGGGUGAAGUCGUCGAGAAGCCGAGCGCGGAAAAAACUGAGCAGCCCGCUAACAGUGAAAAGCCCGUCGUAGCAAAGGGCGUGUCUGGUGUGGUAAAGUGGUUUAAUGUGAAGAAUGGAUACGGAUUUAUCAACCGCACCGACACAAAUGAAGACAUCUUUGUCCAUCAAACAGCUAUUACCAACAAUAACCCCAACAAGUUCCUUCGAAGCCUCGGAGAUGGAGAAGAAGUUAUGUUUGACGUUGUCGAAGGUGCCAAGGGACCUGAAGCUUCAAAUGUGACCGCUAAGGAUGGAGGACCGGUACAAGGAUCGAAAUAUGCAGCUGACCGCAAUUCGGAGCGUGGUGGACGUCGCUUCAGGCGUAGGAAUUUCUUCCGAAGCAGUCGUCGUGGGGCACCUGCUGGUGGCGAGGGACAUGAGGAAGGGUUCACCAAUGACCAUGAAGCAGAUAGACCGGAAGAGGGUGGUCAGCGUCGCUUCCGUGGAGGCCGUGGCCGCGGAUAUCGCGGUCGUGGUUACCGUUCUGGUGGCGGCCGUGGUGGCUCAUACGCUAAUGCAAAUAAUACCGAGGAUGCGUCCGCUGAGGGACAGCAGGCUGACGCAGUAAAUGGAGGUGAAGGGGGACGUGGAAGAGGACGCAGAGGACGUGGAGGCCGUGGACGUCGAGGUCGCGGACGUGGUGGCAACGGAAAUGGUGCUAAGGAGUCCGAAGCUUAG